AUGAGUUUCAACAAACACAGAAGUGAUGCAGUACAUUGGUAUAUGCACGAUUUGGCGUGUCGAGUAGUCGCCAAGUCGGGUAUUGCUACAGACAGAUAUCACGCAGGGAAACUAAUCCUUCAGAGUUUAAAAGAAGCGCCUAAUUUUGUUUUGCAGAUUGACGGCGCUACUGGAGAAUCUGAAACCUUCCAAUCCGCUUUAGAGAGAUCGGUCCGGUGUGCGACUGCGUUACAAAACGUAGGAUUAAAACUGAAUGAUGUCAUAAUUAUAAUGGCUCCUCUUCACAUCAAUCUGACUAUUCCCAUGUAUGCUGCUUUCUACUUGGGAAUAGGUGUAGCUUGUGUGGACCCUUUGCUUUGUGUUAAGGAGUUAAAGGAUACAAUCCAAAUUUGUUUGCCAAAAAUGAUAUUCUGCCAAAGUGAAAAAGUAGCAGCCGUUGAGGAAGCUUUGAAGCACCUAAAAUUGGACGUGAGAGUAGUUACAUAUGACAAGGGGGACACUCAUUGCAGUUUUUCUGAGUUCCUGCAAAAAUAUGGCGAUAAUACACCGGUAGAUGAUUUCCAGCCGGCCAACAUUGACCCGGAAGAGGCAAUUAGCGUACUAAUACCAACGAGUGGCACCACUGGAUUGCCAAAAUAUGCAGCUCUCUCCCACAAAAACCUAAUGCUUGGGUCACCUUACGUUUGGAUAAGAUUCCACGAAUUUCCUACACCUACUCGAAUGGCUUUGAUCGUGUCUCCCGUGCAGUGGAUUUCGUCGACAAAUAGUUUAGUUAUGUCGCCAAUACUAAAAUUUACACGCUUGCAUACUUCACUUCCAGUCACAACGGAGCAUACCUAUUACCUCAUUAAUAAAUACAAGCCAACAUAUGUGGUGAUUAGUCCCCCGAUGAUGACCGCCCUUAUAAAACCAGGACAGCGUGAAAGGUGUGACUUUACAUGCUUUAGACUGUUCAUAUUAGGGGGCAGUGCUGUACCGCAAAAAUUAAUUGAUGAUGUAAAAACAGUAGCACCAUUUGCAGAUGUUUACAUAGGAUAUGGAAUGAGCGAAAUAGGAACAAUUGCUUUCGACCCAGUCAGCUUUAUUCCAGGGUGCCUCGGACGGCCAUUGGGGCACGCAGAUUACCGCUUAGUUGAUCCAGGAACGGGAAAAGACGUUUUGGAACCCCACAAAACAGGCGAACUUUGGUUUAAAGGACCGAUAACUUUUAAGGGUUACUAUAAUAAUCCUGAAAAAACAGCCGAGAUAUUUACAGAAGACAAAUGGUUGAAGUCAGGUGAUCUUUUCUACAGGGAUGAGAACUGGAACUUCUUCUUUGUCGAUCGCAUGAAACUGCUUCUUAAAUAUCGAAACCACCAGAUAUCACCUAUAGAAAUUGAAGACGUUAUACAGAAACUCCCUGGCGUUUACGACGUUGCUGUGACCGGCAUUCCAGACGAAGAGUGUAGUGAACUUCCAGUAGCGUGUGUCGUGCCAGAAGACAAUCAUACGCUGACUGCUCAAGAGAUUAAGGAUUUAGUUAAAAGUUCUCUUACUGAUUCGAAGCAAUUAAGAGGAGGAGUUAUUUUCAUGAAAGAACUUCCUUUAACAUCAACUUCAAAAGUUAAUCGCCCUGUACUAAAAAGCAUGGUUAAGAAUAUGAAGAGAGAAUAG